AAUUUGGCAAGCAUAAUGGAAGGCACGCAUACCAUCCUCCUGUUGCACAAACCCAUUACAGAGCUUUGUUACAUCAGCUUCUAUCAUCCAAAGGGGGAAGUCACAGGAUUUACUUACAUGGGCUCUGGAACUCUGGAUAGAACCAGUGACAGUUUCUGUGGCUGCUAUCAAGUGAGGGGAACGUUAGACAUGGCCCUGAGAGAACGGCCACAUAAAGACCGUGGAGUUAUUAUUUUCAAGCCAACUACCACAAAAGACCUUCUCAAUGAAAUGUACAAACUAACUGCUGAAAAGGAAAACCUAUUAUCCAGUGUUUUGAGCUCUCAUCAUAUUCCAGACCUUAAGGCAGGACAUCAGGAGGAAAAGCGACAGGAUGUUUCCGGAGUCCCGAAACUUAAAGGUGAUAAUUACUCCAGUCUUACAUAUCAACAGGAGUUAUUGCUGGAUUCUACAAAGAGAGACAAUUUGAAUCACAAAAAAAUGAGGAAACACAAAAGGAAAGAGAGCUUUGAGGAGAUCAGACAUUGUAAAGAGGGAAAAAAGAUACAUGAACAUCUCUUUUUACUGAGUACACAAGACAUGCAACAGAAAAAUAAGAUGGUCUCCACAAGACUUUCUACCAGGAGUUAUCCCAGCUCCUUUUCUCCCUCCAGCUGGCUAACAGUAAAAGGUAGGGAUAAUUUACCAGUAGACAAUAGAAUACAACCAGAAAGGUGGAUAGAAGAGGGGUAUUUUCUUAAGAGUAACAAAGCUGUGAAAUUGGAUGCUGGCUUACCAAGUUCUAGCUCAAAAGACAUCAAUGAUGUUGUUGCAGUUGAACCAGCGGAUAAUGCAGAAUGCAUUCCUGAAGUUACCAAGGUACAACAGAGGACCACUUUGGUGAAUUCAUCUCACUACAGUCUGUCUAACAAACUUGAGACAUUAAGUAACACUGCAGCUGCUAAAAUCUUGAAAAGUCGCAAGUAUGCCGAGCCAGUAUGCAAGGAGAAACCAGGAAUCACAGGUCUUGCUGAAGUCCAGGAUUUCGACACUUGUUUUAAAAAAUUUACCAACCCCCCUGCAGAGUCUUUGCCUGACUCUCACAGAGAUAACAAAACCAUUUCUCCCGUUCUCACAACAGCACAUAACGAGGUUAUAGCAAGAAGUGAUGUAUACUCUGUAGAUGAAGCUGCUGGAGACUCUAAUAACAGUGUGCUGCAGGAAAAGGAGGAAGACAGCUCUGGUUUGCAGUACAAAGCAGAGAGAGUGCACAUUACUGAUGAGUCAUGCAACCUUGUGGGAGCAGUUAAUAAAGCUCUUCUGAAAGUUAUCCGGAGCGACAGUUUAGAUGAAGCUGCAGAAUGGAAGAGACUGCAACAAAUUACAAGAGUAGACAGAAACCUGCCAGGCUCACUAUAUGAGAAAAGGACCACGGUAUCCCGGGGAAACGGCAAGCAUUUAUUUUUGAACCUGCCUGUAAAUGAAAUUCCUGAUAUUCCUCAGACAAGCAAUAAUCUUAAACUGGAAGAGAAAAGGCUGCAUUCACCCCCAUUAGCAGCAGUGAGUAAUGUUUUUAGUAAUUCAUAUCCGCUAUCUAAUACACACAAACAAAUGUCACCCAUUCCUUCUCCGUUAUCUUCGAGACUGCCCAGCCCGCAGCUGCACCACCGGAUCCUCCCGCUGCCAACACAGAACACCGAGGACGAAUCCAUGCUCAGUGACUAUGGCCAUGGAAGGCACGGUGCUGUAAACUUCUCUUUCAGUGAUUUGGAGCCACAGUUCUAUCGGAAGUUUUCUGAUCCUGGAGAACUGGGAUUUGCCAGCAGACAACGGGGCCUACAUCAGAAUGCAACUGCAGGACAAUUUGAAAAGUGUGCUGUGCAAGAAAAGUUAACUACUCGGACACAGCAGAAUUUCUGUCCAGCAGAGUCUGCUUUAAAGGAUGACUUCACUGAACGGCUGACUAGUUUGGAUGUGGCAAACAGAGAUGAAGAUACGUGGGUUCUGGAUUGCAGACUGGGGCAAUCAAACUCAUUUCCUCAUUCAAGUGAGAAGGAGAAGAUCAACAGAAGUGUGUUGCAUCUGAGCCUGGAACUGAAUCCUGACCUGAGUCCCUCAGAGCAAGAUGACAAGACUCCAGGGAGACUCCAGGCUGUCUGGCCGCCACCAAAAGCAAAUAAUGAAGAAGUAAAAGUAGGAUUGAAGUACACUGAAGCAGAGUACCAAGCUGCCAUUCUGCAUUUAAAGAGGGAGCACAAAGAAGAAAUUGAAACAUUAAAGUCUCAGUUUGAACUCAGGGUAUUCCAUAUUCGUGGAGAACAUGCUGUCUCAACUGCUCAGCUUGAGGAAACCAUUGCACAUCUGAAGAAUGAACUUGAUAACAAAUUAAACAGAAGAAGUGAAAAAGCAAAGGAUAUUGGUGUUUCUACUGAAGAUGAUAACCCACCAAAGGCAUACCGAAAUGUAUGUAUACAGACUGACAGAGAAACUUUCAUAAAGCCUAGUGAAGAGGAAAACAGAGCUGUGAAAAAUAACCAAAUAGUACCCAAAAAGCUUAAUAUUUCUUCUUUGACACAUAGUAUAUCUGCCCAAAGUGAAAAUAAGGAAAAUUACAAUGUACAGUCAUCAGAAAGUGUCUUGUCUUGUCAACCAAAACAAAUGCUGCCUCCACCACCACCACCACCUCCUCCCCUUCCUGAUUCUUCACUUUCUGCUGUAGUUCCUCCACCACCACCACCUUUGCCAAUGGGUCCGGCUUCACUGACAUCUCAGUUUGGAUCUGGUCCGCCGCUGCCACCUCCACUUUCUGAAGGCUGUAGGAAUUUUCAAGCACCACCACCACCGCCACCCCCACCGCUUCCGGGGCUGGGACCUCCUGUUCCUCCUCCACUGCCUGGAUCUGGGUUACCUGCACCCCCUCCACCUCCUGGGCCUGGGUUCUUUUUUAAUAGCACUUUAUCUUCAAACCAAGGUCCUCGAAAACCUGCCAUUGAACCUGGCCGUCCCAUGAAGCCUUUGUACUGGACACGAAUACAAUUGCAAGAUAACAGGAAAACUGCUAUGCCAACAUUAUGGGAAUCACUGGAAGAACCUGAUAUACUUGACACUACUGAGUUUGAAUAUUUAUUCUCCAAAGAUACCACUCAGGAAAAAAGAAAACCAUUAUCAGAGACUUACGAAAAAAAAACCAAGGCCAAAAAGAUUAUCAAAUUGCUGGAUGGAAAGCGGUCUCAAACUGUAGGAAUUUUAAUAUCCAGUUUGCACUUGGAGAUGAAGGAUAUUCAACAAGCUAUAUUGUGUGUUGAUGACUCUGUAGUAGAUCUGGAGACACUGGAAGCCCUAUAUGAAAAUAGAGCACAAAAGGAUGAACUGGAGAAAAUCAAGCAAUAUUAUCAGACUUCAAAAGAGGAGGAACUGAAGCUUCUGGAUAAACCAGAACAAUUUCUGUAUGAGUUGUCUCAAAUCCCCAACUUUGCAGAACGAGCUCAGUGUAUUAUCUUCCAGUCGGUUUUCUCUGAAGGGAUAACAUCAGUGCACCGGAAAGUAGAUAUUGUCACUCGUGUUUCCAAGGCUUUGCUGAGCAUGAAAAGUGUAAAAGAAAUUUUGGGCUUGAUUCUGGCUUUUGGAAAUUAUAUGAACGGAGGGAAUAGGACCCGAGGUCAAGCUGAUGGGUUUGGUUUGGAAAUACUCCCCAAACUAAAGGAUGUCAAAAGCAGAGAUAAUGGUAUUAAUCUUGUGGAUUAUGUCGUCAUAUAUUACCUACGCCAUUGUGAUAAGGAAGCAGGAACAGACAAGAGUAUUUUUCCUUUACCAGAACCACAGGAUUUUUUCCAGGCCUCCCAAGUUAAAUUUGAAGACCUAAUAAAAGACUUAAGGAAACUGAGGAGAGAUCUAGAAGCCUCUGAAAAGCAGAUGAAGUUAGUUUGCAGAGAGUCUUCUGAAGAACAUCUCCAGCCCUUCAAGGAGAAAUUAGAGGAAUUCUUCCAGAAAGCUAAAGAAGAACGGAAAAAAGAAGAGAACAGUUUGGAAAAUGCUCAGAAAUGCUUUGAAGAAACAGUGGGAUACUUUGGGAUAAAGCCAAAGGCUGGUGAGAAGGAGAUCACACCAAACUACGUUUUCACGGUGUGGUACGAAUUCUGCAGUGACUUCAAGACCAUUUGGAAACGAGAGAGCAAAAGCAUUUCCAAGGAACGAAUUAAAGUGGCUCAGCAAUCAGUGAGCAAGUUAACUGCAGAGAAGAAAGUUGAAACGAAGAAAAUCAAUCCUACAGCCAGCCUGAAAGAAAGACUACGUCAGAAGGAAGCCAGUGUGACUGCCAACUGAGGGAAGAUGAAUGAAAACAGUGCAGUGAUUUCAUACAUUGCCUGAUGCUUUACUACACCAAUGGCCCAGGAAGCACCUUACGUUAGAUACUGAAUUCUGCUUUGCUGGUCUGUCCCGAGACAAUCCAUUAAAGACUUUUGAGUUCCUUCAAAGGGGUUUGUAUGUUCAGUGGAGGGAAUUCUAAGAAGGUUUUUACGCGGGAAGUCAAAAUUUUUUUCUGUAACUGUUCCUUACAUUGCUUAAAAUGCAUCUUGUUGUCAAUGGUUUAUUAAAAUAUUCUGUGUAUAAUGUAUUAAUAUGGAAGAGCUAAAAUGAGCAUUUUGGAUGCUGAGUUAAGUAAUGACUAACAACCUGUAGGUUAUUUACAGGGCUUUAUGUAGAUGAGAGCAAAUAUGCCAUUCAGUUCACAAAGGUCUAGUGCAGCAUACUUUUUGUUACUUCAGCAGUAACUGAGGUAAGAUUGAUUCUAAAUAAUUUUACAGUGUCUAACUAUUGGAUGCAUCUUUCUAAAACUGAUUAAAUGUAAUUAUAGAGUCAUGCUGUAUUUUACUAUGAAUAUUUUUAUAGAAGCUUCAGCUUAUGCCAUUCAUUGAAAUGGGAGUAAUAUUUUGCACAUAAAAAGGAAUAUUCAAAUUCUUUAGUUUUGUGAUUGAUGGCAUAACAGAUUUAUUAUUUUUAUGGUUUUAAUCUAACAUUUCCUAAAUUUUGAGCUUCAAAAGAAAAAAUUAUAAAAUGUAUAUUUUUAUUUCAGUAUAUAUUGCAAAUAACAAAUCCAUAAAGUGACGCGUUUAUAGGUCAUUAUUCAUUAAGAUACAAUAAUGUCUCUCCAUGAAGUUACGUAUUUGCCAUUAAACAUUUGACUUUUAAUUCCAUUGAAAGCUUUCUUUUUAACAGCAAUUAUCUCACUCUAAAACAUAUUAUGCAGCCUGCCCUUGUCCCCCUGUAUUUGUAUGAAGAAUGUGUCAAGCAUACCUACAUAUAUAUAUAUAUAUAUAUAUAUAUAUAUAUAUAUAUAUAUGCACACAUAAUAUAAUAAGUAAAACUUCAGAAAGAAUUAACAGGGUCUUGCUGUCCUCCUGUAACAUUAUGACCAUUGCCAUAAAGUGGCAGAGCCUAAAAAUAACCCUACUGAAUAUCCACCAUUGCUCGAAGAUUUUUACUGCAUUUUAAGGAUUUGGAUUCUUAGGAGGAGAAAUCUGGAAGAACAAGUUAAUUUAGGGUAAAAGAGAAAAGUGAUUCUGCUUGCUGUCCACGAGAGGGAAAAUGAGUUUAUGAUAAUGGUGUAUGAAGUUGGUUACAAAGAGAAAUUAGGUGAAGCAAAGAGGUGCAAAAAGCUAGUAGGGGAAAAGCAUUAGUCCUUUGCUUUGAAACUGGAAAGAAUAUACAUGAUACAGACAACAGUUAUCAUACAGCAAAUUCCAUAGAGAGACUGAGAUGAAACCUAGGCAAAGUCACACCUAGCAGUGUACAUUUAUAUUAAGGAAAAUAGCAGUUUUGGAGACACAUUCAUAAAUUAACAUAGGAAUUCAGUGCAGAUUUCUUAAAUUAGUACCUCUCUCAUAGGAAUGAGAACAUAAAUGAAAACAAAAGAAUCAAAAGUCUCUUGUAUGUUUGGGAGUUUAGACUUGCUACAGAUAUUCUCAAGAUGUGUAAGCAUAAUUCUUAUGAAAGCAGUCAACAAUAUGCUAGCAAAAAUAAUCUGAUAUGUAUUUUGAGUAGUCCUAUUGCAGAGGAAAAGCAAAUUCCAAAGAUUUAAGUUUCCUGUCUUCCAUUAACUAGGUGAAGUACAUUUCUUUCCAAUACUAUUAGUGAUAAAUAAGAGGAGCAAUAAAGCCUAUAAAAGCCAAAGAACAAUAGCAAGCAAUUCUGAUGAGUGUUUAAGCAAACAGUGUUUAUUUUUUAUAUAGUUUUCUAUCUAUCAUGAAGAUAGUGUAUAUUGCUAUUUGACCUAACUGAGAGUUUUUUCAGUGAAAAUAAUUACUUGAAGUAUUAUUCAGUAAGAGCAGCACUGUUUGUGAAAAUGGAUGGUCUUAAUAAUUCCCAUUAAAAGUAUAUUGUGGGAAAAAAGGUUUUAACUUAUUGAAAUAUCCUGUUUCAAAAUUUCUAAAUGUGAAUUUUCAUUUUUCAGUUCAAAUUGACUUCAUUUUGAAAUGUUGAAAAAUGUAUAUAAAAAGGGAUUAAAAUUAAAAUUAUUCAUUUAAAGCAUUCCUUGAUCAGACUUAUAAUUCUUUUAUCAAAUUAGCAAUUUGCCAAGGUUUUGAGAAUUAAGGCUAUUUUUUAGAAGAUUCAAAAACUUAUGUAGCACGGGGACCUUGUCUCUUCCUAAGUUUCAGUUGUAUUGAUUUUCCUCUCAAGUCUGAGAGGAAAAUCUGAUUCCAGCUUAACCCAUGACUUAAAUCCUCUACUAAUUGAACUAUUUUUAAAUGAAAAGAAGAAUUCACCUAGAUUAUUUGAUUCAUUGUCUUAAUCAAGACUUUAAGACUCCUGGAUGGCAUUUAUCAGCUAAAUAUCACACUUCCCUCCCAGUGAUAGCCACAAGUGUCUUCAGACAGUGAUUGAAGCCACAAUGGUGCACCUGCUGGCUUUAACUUAAAUUGUGUAUUGGAGAGGAGAUAUUUGCAGAUAUGUCUGCAUAAGCUCUUUAUUUCUGAAAUCUUUAGACACUUCAGGCAUAACAAAUAUGCAUCAGCCAGCACUCAUCUUUGGGGUCACCAAGUGUCACCCAACAUUAUGUUUUAAGCUUUAAGCUUUAGUUUGAUGCCUCACUUUACCUUGAGCUUCCUACUUUGGGGGAACAAAAGGACAGAAGAAGAAAAGAAGGAAACUACAAAGAUGGAAUGAACAGAAGUCUCUGGUACACGUCUACAUUGCUGUCAAGGAAGUAAAAGAGUAGACUCAAUUAAGCCAAGCAGCAAUAGCUAGACAGUUACAAUUUUUCUAGUCUAUUUAACUUAAAAUACCUCAACACUUCACAGAAGUCACUUCUGUGACUGCAAAGUAGAUGUGGCUUUAGAGAGGGAGUUUUCUGUUGUGUUUUGUUCUCAUUUCUUCUGUUACUGCCAAGCUUCUCAAAGACUGUAAAGCAUAGGACUAUUAAAACCCAUGUUACUCCUUAGGUGCUUAUUACCCACAAUAACAAUAUACAGUACUGAUUUAUAAAUCGAAUUAUUAGGAGGAAUUCAGUGUAGAAUGAGUAGAUAAUAACCUGCAAAGUGCUCUUUACAUUAUUUACAACAUUACCACUUGUUGAUUUUAAAAUGGAAGACCUUUUAGUGUCUUUGAGGUCUGAAAAAUCAUUUUUUCAUUAGGUUUUUACUAAACUAUGAGAACUACCCAGGUGUUUUGCCAUCACUAACCCCUGCAAUUGUUUUGCCUUGUGUUUUAUCAUAGGGUUGUAAAUGUAUAUAUUGAAUAUUAGACUUUUAUAUUUAACUUAGAAUUUUUUGCAUCAAAACAGAAACUGUGACCUUCAGUUUCUGUAUAUAAAUAUUUCUAUUUCAAAUUAUUAAUAAUUAACAUUUUUUGGAUGCUUCUUACAUUAUUAAGGUAGAAAACUUCUAUGCUCUGAAAUUCAACACUUUUUUGGAGAUUCCCAAGCUAGGUCUGAGAAAACUGGCAUUUUGGAUUGCACAGUGAGAAAUCCCAGGAUCCUAGAAACCCUGCUUCCUUAGCAGUCAAAGGUUUGAGCAUAUGCAAGAGACUUUACCUUGGGUACAGUUAACAUGGUGCCAGAUUUAAAUAACUGUCUCUCCUUUUAGAUAUGGCCUGCUAAUAUCAUUACUAAACAUUUCCACUGCUAAAGAGUGUUUAAACCAGAAGAAUUUUAUGAGACUGUUUUAGAAGAUCUAAAGUUCAGAAGCUGUGCAAGCAAAAUUGGUAGAACUCUUCAAAAAUACUUGGCUUUGCAAGUUUUUUUUUUUUCAAAAUGCCUGCAAGACCUUUUCUUGUUCGUUUUUAUAAACAAUUUUAUCAAUUUAAAAGUAUUCCUAACAACGUUACAAAAAAUUUUUUUUUCCACUUGUUGAAAAUGAGAUAUACCUCAAUAGUACUAUCUUAGGAAAUUUUGCAAGCUUCAGCUAUAUUUAAAUUUUUAUUUGAUACCUCAUAGAAUUCAAGCUUUUAAAUUAGGACCUCUUAGUAAAAUUUAAGCACUGAAUAUACAAGAUUAUAUAUUGUAAGAACCAAUGAAGUAAAAAUUCUUAACUGAUAAAUAGCUUAGAGACAGAGUGCUCCACCUUCCUGGGAGGACAUUAUCAAGUGACAUAAGCUUUCCCUAAUGUGGAACAGCAUUGCAUUUCCUGUGAUUUCCUUCUGCCAGGUGUCAUCUCAGACUAAACUAAAGGUUGCACCUUUUUUUUUUUCAUUAGCUGUUUCUGGUUAAUUUCAUUUCAUAUGUUUCACCUCAAUUUCACCUUCAGUAAGCUAAUAUUGAGUUAAUAAGAAGCCUUUUUAUACAGGCUGAUAGUGUUUAUACAUGCAUGCAGGUUUACUUAUGUAUGUAUUCCUCUGGCCCACAUGGUAAAAAAUAUCCAUAGGGAACACUAUGGGGUCAUGGGACUGGAUAAAAUCUUUUAGAAUCCUGUUAGGAAAACUGUACUGCACUGUCCCAGUGUGGGACAUGAUUUCUUUUCUGUGGUAUGAUCUGCCACAGGAGGUUUUGGAGUCCUGGGAGCUUUUGGAGGAUGGCAUCUUUGCUGUAUCCAUCAGUUUCCAACAGUAUGUUUCUCAGGAGUUACACUGCAGAAUUCCCUGAGCAUAGAUUGCCUGGGGGACUCCUGGAAGGGAGACUGGAAAGUAAUGUCAAUGGUUGAUUUUCAAAAGGGAAAGAGAUCAUACCUAUAUUUCCAGAUUAAGGUAAAAGCUAGAAGACUCUUCCAAAAUAGCAAGUUUUGUAGAGUUGUAUGUAUCCACUCAUUAGGCUCUACAGAUUUCAGAAAUGCUGCUUUCAUGUAUAGGAACAUCAUCCUGUGCCUAUUACUGAUGAUAUGAUUAGUUAAUAUGAACAGAAUCACUUAUAUUAUCUUACUCUUGAGCUUUGACCGGUAGAAUAUUGACUACAAAAGCUGUUAAAAGAGUGGUCCAUCAUCAGAGUCCUGACAGACAGCUGUGUUUCAGGUUUGCCUGUACUGUCCUGGCAGGAACAUUCAUAUUUUCCUAGAGCUAAGAUGAGUUUAGCUGCCAUGCCAUCUGCCUUCUCAGCCUCUCUUAAUCAUAAGCUAGUACUUGUAUCAAAGGGCCAAGUGAUGGGGCCAAAUUCUGUCGUCACUGAUAACUACAGUCUUCACUGCAAUUAGAAAUUAACUGUGGCACAAAAUAAUACUAAGAAUUUUAGGAUGUUUUUGUGAUAGACAUUGAAUCAUAAUGUAUUUGGUCAGCUCAAAGACCUGAAGAGUACUGACAGGCUGAGAUUUAUGUACUGUAUUGGUACUGACAAAUGGCAUCCUUAUAGAAGUUCAAGUUUUUGUAGAAAGAGGACCUGUUACAUCUGUUCACUGGUUGAUAAAUUUCUUUAAUUUUUUUUAAUCUUCCACAAGAUGAUUUGUCAAUCUCUGAACUGUGCAUUUGAGUACUUUAAAUAGUACAUUUUCUCUCUGACUUCUCCCAGAGUGGCCAAGCUUGUAGUUCAGUACUUUUACUGUCUCAUUUGGCAUGUUGUAAAUACAAUCCAUUGUUGUUGAACAAAUGCUCGUCCUGAGCAGCUAUCCACAAACAGUAUGUUAUAGAAACUGCAGAAACCGGGUAGCAGUCUAAGAUUACAGCACUAUUUCCUGCAGCUUGGUGCAUCAGUUGUCAGCAUAUUAAUACAGAUGCUGUAUAGUACCUGAUACUUAGGUGUAAAGUAGUUUUAGGGGUGUAUUGCCAAUAGCAGCUAAUCAGUAUAAACUGGAUAAAAGCCAUGUUCUUCAUCUUAUAAUUCUUUUUUUUCUAUCUAUUAGGAUGAUUUUUUGUGGUAUGGGUAUCUUCUAGAUUUUAUAUAGGAGGGGAUACCGUUUUGUAAUUAAUCAAACCAGAACAAGCUCCCAGUUCUAUUCUAGACUUCUUUCAUAUCUACAGGAAGGUGAAUAAAUAAAACUGAUUUCAUUCCAGAUAAAAAUAAUACUUUUUUCUCAUUCUUUUCAUUUUUUUAUUUUGUGUUACAGUCCAGUGUGUUUUAGAAGGGCUGUAAAGAAUGAAAACGUUGCAGUGCCAUUGAAACAACAGUAUUAACCUCACUAUAUCUUCCUUGUGGAUUUUCUUUUGAAGUGAAGUGUUUGCUUGGGUUUGUUUGAGCUUUGUUUAAUUAAAAGAUUAUAUUAUAUCAGACAAUCAAGCCAGCUUUUCUUGGACAAGUUUCUAAGGGGGCCUGAGUGCUACUGUGGUCAAGUGAAAUAAUCUGUGAGCAUUUGCUCAUCAGGCAUGUAGCCUGAACAACACACUUUCAUCUCCAUAUAGCUCGGAAAAGGGAGAGACUUGAGAGGGAAAUUGAACAGAUUUUUAGGGGUCAAGUUCAGAAAAGCUAUGUCAAAUGAAAUGUGCUUGUCAUAUUACAUCAGUUUUGAAACUAGUGAUACCUGUUGCAAAGGAAGACUCAUGCUUCAUGUCAGAUGGGACUGGAUAAGAGCUUUGCCCAGAGAGUUGAUAAAAGCAGUUUCUUGUAGGUGCUUUCAGCAAAGCUGUGAAUGCCCAGAUGAUGACUGACUGUAUGUUCCCCAGGAAUAACAGAGCUAUAUACUUUAAGAAAUACAGAUGUAUAAUGACACUAUUUUUGGUGGGGGGUAUAUCAGCCUCAAGAACAAAAGCUGCCCCUGCCAUUGUACUUAGCUGUUUCUCACUGUACCAAAAGCUUUGCCACGUUUGGAAGUUACAGGAAGCAAAAAUGGAGAAAUAAUAUUACAUGAAAAAUAAAGACCUGGCCACUGGAAAGUGGUUUUAGUAGAAUUACAGUAUGAUUUUCAACCUUCAUUUAGCUGUUUGGGUUCUUUUUCUUUCCAAUCAGUCUGAGUUAAAUAUUUGCACUGUUGAACAUUAUUAUUGUUGGUAUGCUUCCCUCUCUUCUCUCCAUAUGAUACAAAAUCAUCAAAAGAGAGGCCUCUUUGGCUGCUUUACUUCUCUUUGAAGAUGUAGCAAAAUGCUAAAUUCUCUUGCAAUGCUGAUAGUGUUCUAUGUGUACCUAGCAAUUUUCACAGACAUAACAGCUUUUAGGCCUCUGAUGUCCAUGUGGGAUUUGCUUUAAUAAAAUCAUAGCUUUGCUUGAAUGUUUGCAAAUUCACUCAGCAAUUAUAUAUUUGCUGUCCUUUGAAUUGAAAUCAACCUUGCAUUUAUCAUCCUCCAAUAUGUAAAGCAAAAAUAAUGGAAUAUUAAUAUGGUUUAGGUUUUUUUGGUUUACAGAAUUAAACUCCUUGGAAUAGUUCCUGAUUAAAUAUGUUACAAAUGUCUUAAAAGAAUAAGUUAAAUAGAUUCAGGUGCAUUUUCCCUGCUCCACAUUGUAAUUAUGUGUGUGAGUAUGUGUGUGUGUGUGUGUGUGUGUGUAUGUGUGUGUGUGUAUGUGUGUGUGUGUGUUUGUAUAUGUGUGUGUGUUUCUACUGUAUAUCUGAAAGUAUAAUUUUCUCAAAAACCAAGAUGUGCUAUGAACGACUUUGUAAAGGUUAUUGUAGUGGGAUGGAGUAUUUAUUUUUAAACUAAAUUCUUAAGGAGACAUUGACUGUAAAUAAAAGACUAUAUUUUCCUCCUCA